UUAUCCAACUUUGAAGAAGCGUGCUCGCUUCAUAAUCACAUAGUUUCAGAGUUGGGACAUUGAUUGAUUAUUCAAUAUGGUGGUUUUCUUCAAAGGAGGAGCUAACAAACCAUUCGGAAGAUCAAUGAGUUUGAAGACAAAUAGAGCAUUGUUAGACGAUAUCCUAUUGCAGGAGUCACCAGGUUCGACUAAUACAGCUCGACAUGUGAUCAUCGUCAUGGACGCCAUGAAAGAGUUCAACACGGAAGCUUUAGAGUGGGCACUCGAGCAUGUAAUUAAGGCUGGAUCUGUUGUCAUUCUACUCGGUGUUAUGCCAUGGCUCAACAUUCCUCUGUCAUCAAAAACAUGGCUGGAUGUCUGGCCAGUUGGAUUAGAAGAACUAUCAAUUGUCAAAGAGAAAAUUGAGUGGAAGAGCGAUGUCAAGUACUUGAAGCUCCAGGCAGUAGUGGACUUGUGCAAAAACUAUGGGGUUCUGCUACAGAAGAAGGUUGUCAUGGGUUAUCCAUCAAAACUGUUAGUUGUUGACGAAAUCACAAGCCUUCAUGCGACAUGGGUCGUCUUCGACAGGCAUCAAAGGACUGACAGAAAAUUUUACUCUGAGAAACUCCCGUGCAACAUGGUGAUGAUGAACGAAGAAGGGGAGGCUGACAUGAUCAAGGGGAGGACUAUGAUAGAUAGCACAAUCGCAGAGUCAACAACUUCUCUGUUAUCUACUCCCAUUCUUAUGAUCGCUGAUCAUGUAAAGGGAAUGCUUAACAAAUCGAAAAGUGCUCGAAAAGACCGCUCUAGAUCACGAUCGCAAUCGCAAGGCGAUGUCUAGUAAUGCAGAACCAAAGAGAGAAGGGAAGUUUGGAAAUCAAGGAAGUGGAGGCUAAACUCUGAUGAUCGACUGCAUGGUUUUUUUAGCCAAACACCCCUUAGCUUGGCAAAUUAAUGUACUUUAUUAAGUAUAUUUCAUUACGUGAUAAUAAUGAUCGCAUGGGUGGCGAUCAAUCGUUUUAUAUCUUUGGUUCCCUUUCAUCCUUGGCUUUAUUUCAAAAUUGAUCUAUUUAUAAAUUGUAAUGCAAAUCAGAGUUUAGUGAAAUAAAUUUCUAUUAAUU